AUGGAUCAGAAUUUGGGAGGCGAGAAAGAGCCGGAGACAGUUGACUUAGAAAAGGAUGAAAAUGCUAAUUCGAGGGAUGCCGAACCGGCGUUCAUUGGCUUACGAGCAGAAAAGGUGAUUUCAUGGAUUAUUGAACUAGUAGAAGUGUUCAUUGAGCAGAUAUGGUACUACAGGGGCGUUUAUCCGAGCGAAUCGUUUAAAAAAGUGCGUUCUUUUCAAUUGGAGGUAUAUACGAACAUUCACCCGGGAGUGAAAGAGUAUUUGAGUAAUGUAUCAAACAAGCUGCUGGAAAUGUUGAAAAAAGGAAAGCUUAGUCGCAUUUUUGUGGCUAUAUACAACCCUGGAGAUGGGAAUACCGAGCCAAUAGACGUUGCUGGUAUCAGGGAAGAAUCGUAUGCGAUAAGUUUUACUGAUUCGAUAAUAUUCGACUACCUUAGGCAGAAUUGCCCAGUUCAAUUUGACAGUUCAUUUAAUGAGCAACGUCUCUAUGCCUCAAUUCAGAGCUUUCUAUAUUCGGUAAUUAGUGAAUUGACCAGACUUCAGAAGUUUACGGACUUCAUACCGGACUUCCGACUUUUUGUGUCGGCCGACAAAGAGUCAUUUGGCGAAUUUGUGGCAAAUCCAGACUGGAUAUUGGAAAGCACUGAUCAGGAUGAGGAGACACAGCCUGGAAACGGGCUUGGCGAUUCACGAGUGAGAGUAUUUAAGGAAGUGAACCUGGGAUAUUUGAGUAUUAAGGGUUAUGCUGCUAGCGGACAUGUGAGUGGUGAAAAGUGA